AUGUCCGACGACUGUCGGCGUAUCUGGGAAUCUGCGUCAAUAGCAAUACCGAGAAAGGUGCCUUCUAGCUCUUGUUGGGUUGAAAUGCCUCCAACGACUGAAGAGCUCUUUUCACUGAUUUUGAAUGCUCCCUCCGAGGCUUUCCGUGGCAAUAAGUUUGACCCGUCCAACAGGGCCAGCGCGAUCCUUCAGCUCAGCGAACCGAAUCCCGAGAACCCGGCUUUCUUGAUGAACGCUCCCAUCAAAUUACCAUCGAAUUGCCAAUUGAUUGUGCCCGACAUCCUCCAUGCAGAUCACAGGCCUCAAAAUACAGACCUAUCACCCUCCUGCAACUUGACACCUCGCUUCGUGGUGGUUCACCCGCACAUCGACCAAAUCAGAGAUUCUCUCAUCACUGUGCUUGGCAAGAGCCGCAAAUUCGUCCUGAUGUGGCCCCUGUCCAGGCCGAAUCGAGAGCUCCUUGUGCAGUACGCCUUGGCUCACGAGCGAGAGACGUUUGUGCCGCUUUGUGGGCAGUUGGAAGCCCCGGUCUUGGACUUGAUGGACUCGAAAACCGCACUCUUCAUGCAAGCGGGGGUCAUCCAUGCCACUCUCACUCUGGAGGGAGGAAUGCUUAUCGGCAUCAACACAUUCUCCGCCGGCAGUGCCCUGGCAAGUCUCCAAUGUUUUGUAUUUGAGCUCGAGGCUGAAGUAGAAAGGGACUAUGGUGCAAUAUUCAAUCUCUUCGCACUGCAGCUCAAGGCCAUCGUUGGGGAUCUUGAUAUAUCUCGGCAGUUUUUGAGAGGCUGGGUGUCGUUGAGCUCCAAGAUUACCGCAACCAUUGUUCGCCGAGACGGUCGCAAGAAGCUUACCAAGACAGAGAAAACGAAACUGAACAACAUGAUGUGGACGCUGCUUGCGGUGGCCCAGCAGGAGGGCGUGCUACCAGACCACUGUUGUGGAAGCACCGGUGAGCUAACCCAUUUCCGGGAUGUGCACUUGGUACCGACAAGCUUUAGCAAGCGGAAGAAGAUGAUCGCCAGGAACACUAUUCUCCAAAGGCAGUCCUGGGAUGGGGGGCACUUUGCUGACUAG